UCCACUUAUUAGAAGAAGCAAACAAAAAAAGAUUGUGAAUCAGUUAUAGAGUACAAGGAUAAUUUAUAUGAAGAAAAAAGGGUUAGAAGUCAUGUUGAAUUGAAGAAAAAGACAGCAAAUAGCAUAAGGAUAAUUAAGAUGAAAAAUGAAAGGACAAAAAUAGGAACGACACUUCUUUUUAUCUGCUUGUAUUUGCAAUAUAAAACCGUUAAAUUUAACAACUUUGUUCCCUCCAAAAAAAAUUGUAUAACUGUAAUCCAAAUCUAGUUACAUGGCAUUUCCUGCUCCAACACUUAAAAUAGGAACUUUCUCAUGCCAAGAUUUCAUUACAAAGAAUUCAAGAAAAGACACAUUCACACCAAUUGACCCUUUUUCUCUUGUACCCAAAUGCAAAUCUUUGACAGACCUUAAGCAAAUUCAAGCCUUUUCCAUAAAAAUCCACAUGCAAAAUGAUGUCUUUUUUAUGAGUAAGCUCAUAAAUUUUUGCAUAGCUAAUCCAACACCUGCCUCUUUGCACCAUGCCCACCUCUUGUUUGAUCAAAUUCCACAACCAGAUAUAGUCCUUUUUAACUUCUUGGCCCGGGGCUAUGCUCGUAGUGACACCCCAUUAAAUGCUUUUGUCCUGUUCUUGAAAAUUCUAACAUUAAGUAUUGCCCCUGAUUUUUAUACCUUUCCUUCUCUGUUGAAGGCUUGUGCAGGUGGAGAAGCUUUAGAAGAAGGUAAGCAAUUGCAUUGCCUUUUGAUUAAAUAUGGCCUUAAUGACGAUAUGUAUGUUUGUCCUGCACUGAUGAAUAUGUACAUUGAGUGUAAUGACAAUGGUUCAGCUCGUCGAGUGUUUGAUAGGAUAGCUGACCCUUGUGUGGUAACGUAUAAUGCGAUCAUAAUGGGUUACGUGAGAAUUAGCGAACCAAAUGAGGCUCUCUUGUUGUUUCGUGAAUUGCAAGUGAAAAAACUUAAGCCUACUGAUGUUACAAUUUUAGGCGUUGUUUCAUCAUGUGCUUUGUUGGGAGCAUUGGGAUUCGGAAAGUGGGUGCAUGAAUAUGUUAAGAAGAAUGGUUUUGAUCAAUAUGUUAAGGUGAACACUGCACUUAUUGAUAUGUAUGCAAAAUGUGGGAGCUUGCCUGAUGCAAUUUCAGUUUUCGAGUGCAUGCCUUACAAGGACACUCAAGCAUGGUCAGCAAUGAUCAUGGCUAAUGCUAUUCAUGGGCGUGCUCGUUGUGCAAUUUCUUUGUUUGAAGAGAUGCAGAAGGCUCGAGUUAGACCUGACGGAAUCACAUUUUUGGGUCUAUUAUAUGCAUGCAACCACAGUGGAUUGAUCGAAGAGGGUUUUAGAUAUUUCAAUAGCAUGAAAGAAAGCUACAGGAUCGUACCAGGGAUGAAACACUAUGGAUGUAUGUUGGAUUUGUUGGCUCGGGCGGGCUGCCUUAAUGAUGCUUUUAAAUUCUUAAUGGAAAUGCCUAUUCCGCCUACAGUUUUACUUUGGAGGACAUUGUUAGCUGCUUGCAGCACUCAUGGAAAUGUGGAUUUGGGAAAGCUGGUAAUUGAGAAAAUCUUCGAAAUGGACAAAUCACACAGUGGCGAUUAUGUGAUCUUUUCAAACAUGUGUGCUCGAGCUGGGAAGUGGGAAGAAGUGAACUAUACCUGGAAAUUGAUGAAAGUUAGAGGGAUUAAGAAAAUUCCUGGCUGUAGUUUGAUAGAGGUUAACAAUGUAAUGCAUGAAUUCUUUUCUGGUGAGGUUACGCGUAUUGAGCACAGGGAGCUCCACCAGGAAGUUGACAAGUUAAUUGAGAAAUUGAAAUUGGUUGGUUAUGUUCCUGAUACUUCUAUAGCUUUUCGUCCUGGCCUAGAAGAUGAAGAGAAAGAAGCUACUCUGAGGUACCACAGUGAAAAAUUGGCAAUUACUUUUGGUCUUCUUAAUAGUCCACCUGGAAAAACAAUUCGUGUUGUUAAAAACCUUAGAAUCUGUGGGGACUGCCAUUCAGCUGCAAAACUCAUAUCGCUCAUCUUUAAACGAAAUUUAAUUAUCAGAGAUAUGCAAAGGUUUCAUCAUUUUGAAGGAGGAAAAUGUUCUUGUGGGGAUUUUUGGUAACAAAUGAACGGUACGCACUCUUGCAGCGGGAAACAUCCACCACCUUCACAUUAACAUGUUUCAUCAAUUUUAAGGUGGAAAAUGUUCAGGUGGGUAUUUUUGGUUACAUAAUUGAUGGAAUGCACACUAGAUAGAGCAAGCAUCAACCACCUUAACAUCAACAGGAGCAAAUGCAGAGUUUCCUUGUGAUGACUGGGUAUUCUCAUCAGCCAUCAAAAUAGCUUGUCUUACAGAUUUUCUUGUGAAUCUUGGUGAAUUUCGAAAUCCAAGGUUUGAAAAUAAUGAACUUUGGCAUGCAUGGGCUUUGGACAAAUUACAACAAUGGCUCCUAUCCAAAAAGUGGUGAUAACACAGCCCUCUAUAAUGAAACAGAGGUAAGCUCAACAAAUUGCUAUUUUACGUAUUAUAGAUAUGAUGCUCUUUUGUACCUUUGGCGCACUGGCAGUAGCUCGUGAACAGAGUUAAUUUCUAGAAAUAGUUGCUCAAGGAACUAUCUUUCUCGAGUUUCUACCACUGGAGUUUCUAUUUCAACGGAUGACAUGGGUAUGAUUACAAAUCUUCGCCCACUAGCCCCAUCAAACAUCAAGUCCAUACUAGAUUGUUGGAGAUGGUGGGAGUGGGCAGGGCAGGGCAAGAAAGUAACAACCAUACCCGAUAUUUAGAGCGCCAGAGAUAGAAAGCGGCGACAGCUGGAUUGGAGUUAUUGAACAUUAAAUAAGACCAUUCUCAUGGCUGACAUAAUAUGAGUACUAUAACAUCCUUGUGUGGACCUCUUUGUUACAAACCCAACUAUUGAUCUGCAUUUUGAUAUGGUUGUCUGGUGUCAAAUUCUAUCUUAAUAAUAGGUUAUCUAUAAACGAAGCUAGAAUUAUUCCAACC